UUUAAAAUGUGUAUGUUAUCUUUAUGUUAUUAUGCAGUAUUUCAGUUGAACUGUUUAGAUGGUUCAGCAUGAAUUCGUCUUCUCCAAAGUAUGACUACCCUAUAUGCUAUAGAAAUGAUACCCAGACUCAAUGGGUGCCUGCUGGAUUGGAAUAUUUCUUUGGAAUCACUGGUAAUAUCAUCGCCUUUAUUCUUCUCUGGAUCAACCGCCGAGAACAUCAAUGGUUUUCCUUCUUCAAACUCUUCACUGGUCUAGUAAUCACGGACUUUAUGGGGAUAUUCCUGGUAUAUCCGUUUGUGAUGCACAGGUAUGCUACCCAUUUCAAGUGGUGCUACCCGAAGCCACUUUGUCAAUUCACUUCCUUCGUCUUCGUCGACGCUCAUUUGUCUGCAGCUUUAAUUAUCUGUGCCAUGUCUGUUGACCGGUUCAUGCAUCUCAGAAAUUCAGUUUUCAUUACAAACAGGAACUAUACACUUAUCCUCAUUGGAAUAUGGAUUCUAUCUAGCCUGAUAUCUUGUUUACAUUUAAUUGGAGUUGGGCGGAGUAAUAUGUAUUUCCCGGGAUCCUGGUGUUAUUUUGAUUUUAUUGAUGAUACUACGGGAAACCGAGUCAUGGCGUACCUGUAUUCCAUUAUAGGCUUUCUUAUCAUUUUGGGUACUUUAACCAUUAACACUCUCACAAUGUACCGGAUAUGCAGAGAUCCAGUACAAAGAGGAAACCUUCUGGACACCAGUGUUGUUUCCGGAUUUUAUGACUCUCACGUGAUCAUUUUUAUAAGCGCUGUUACCGUCGUAUUUGUUUUUCUCUGGACCCCUCUUGUGGUUGAUAUAUUCCUGCAUGCCUUAAACCUCAGAAACAACGAAAACAACGAAAUCGAGUUAUGGCUUCUUCGACUGACUGUCCUAAAUGCAAUUAUUGAUCCUUGGUUGUACAUUGUCUUGAGAAAGGAAUCGCUUCGCAAAAUAGUUGAGAUUUAUCACAAAUGUAGAGGAUCGAAGGAGUUAAGAAGUAUGAAUGAAACAGACGCCCUCUUACUAUAGAUUUCACGUACAAUUAUAUGACACUAAACGUAAAACUGCUCUGCUAUCGGUAUUUUAUGUCUUGUGUAACAAAAUAUAAAGUUAA